GUCGCCGCAGAGACCUCCACUCUGGUGGCCCCGCUGCCCCGCGGAGAGCCCGGGGGUCGGCGGGCCGCUGGGACUAGGCGCGGGGCCGGCUGCGCCUCCCCCUCCCUCGGCGGGGCCUGGACGGUCGGGGCGGCGGGGACAUGGAGCCCGCUCCCGCCGCGGGGGGCUCGGAGACGACUCGCCUGGUGAGCCCGCGGGACCGCGACGCCGCCGGGGGCGGCCUGCGCCUGAAGAGUCUCUUCACAGAGCCCAUGGAGUCCACAUCGGAGGAGACGACUUUCCACUGCCACAGGGACCCCCUGCCACAGCCCGGCCUCACGCCUGAGCGGCUGCGGGCGCAGAGGCAGCUCUGUGUUGCCUGCGCCGUGUGCUGCGUCUUCAUGGCCGGGGAGGUGGUUGGUGGGUAUUUAGCACACAGCCUGGCCAUUAUGACCGACGCAGCCCACCUGCUGGCAGAUGUGGGCAGCAUGAUAGGCAGCCUCUUCUCUCUCUGGCUCUCUACCCGUCCAGCCACCCGCACCAUGACCUUUGGCUGGCAUCGCUCAGAGACGCUGGGGGCGUUGGCCUCUGUGAUCUCCCUCUGGAUGGUCACGGGCAUCCUCCUGUACCUGGCCUUCAUCCGCCUGCUGCACAGUGACUACCACAUCGAGGGGGGCGCCAUGCUGGUGACCGCGGGCAUCGCAGUCUGUGCCAAUCUGCUAAUGGCCGUUGUGCUGCACCAGGCUGGGCCCCAGCACAGCCAUGGGUCCAGGGGGGCUGAGUAUGCACCGCUGGAGGAGGGGUCCGGGGAGCACCUGCCCCUGGUGAACACCAGUGUCCGGGCGGCCUUUGUGCAUGUACUGGGGGACCUCCUGCAGAGCCUUGGGGUGCUGGCUGCCUCCAUCCUCAUCUACUUCAAGCCUCAGUGCAAGGCAGCUGAUCCCAUCAGCACCUUCCUCUUCUCUAUCUGCGCCCUUGGGUCCACGGCUCCCACCCUCCGAGAUGUUCUCCGUGUCCUCAUGGAAGGUGCCCCCCGAAAUGUGGGCUUUGAGCCGGUGAGGGAUACACUGCUGUCAGUGCCAGGAGUCCAGGCAACUCACGAACUGCACAUGUGGUCCUUGACGCUCACUUACCAUAUUGCCUCUGCACAUCUGGCCAUCGACUCCACUGCGGACCCGGAUGCUGUCCUGGCCGAAGCCACCUCCCGGCUCUGCUCCCGAUUUGGAUUCUCCAGCUGCACCCUGCAGCUUGAGCAGUACCAGUCCGGGAUGGACCAGUGCCUGCGCUGCCAGGAGCCUCCCCAAGCCUGAGCUGGCCCUGCCCUCUCCCCACUGCCAGGCCCGGCUCCGCCCUAGGCUCUCAGCAAAGAGACUGAGCUGGGCCCUUACCCCUUCCUCUCCCUCCUGCCACCUGCCAGCUCCCCAGCCCCAAGCCCCAGUGGGCAAGACCAAAGCAAAGGGGGAGUGGGGUGGGAGUUGGGCUGAGCAGGGAAUCAGUGCAGUGGGGGUUGGGGGUCCCAGCUCCCCACGGUCUGGGGCGCCACGAGCAUCCUUCCCGUGCCGUUCGUUUGUCUGUGUGGCAGGCUGGCCGGCUGGCUGGGGCAUCUGCCUGUCUGUGUGCUGUUGGGUGUGCCUAGGCCUGGGGGAGGUCAGCAGGGGCCCCUCCCCACGUGGCCCUCGCUCUGUCUAUGCAGGAGCCCCAAAACUUGCACUUUGUCCGUGUGUGCUGGCCCUGUGGUGUUGUCUGUGUGUGUCUGUGUGUGUGUUUCUCGGUGCUGUGGCCUGUGUCUCUCUGUGCCUGUGUGGCUGCGCUAUGGUCUCUAUGAGUCUGCACCGUCCAUGUGUCCCUCUGGGGGUCUGUCCAUCCCUCUGUUGGUGCUGUGCCCUGGGCUUUCCCAGAGAGAGGGAGGACCCCGCUGCAGCUCCACAAUAAAGUGUG